CCUAUCUUCCUGUUAGGAUCUCAUAGAAUUACUAUGUUAUGGAAUGCCUAUGAUCUCACACUACCACUAUCUGUGGCCUCGGUAGCGUCCGGCUCCUACAAUAUAGAGGUGUUCUCAUUGACAAAGCCUAUUGACAGGAUACACACUUACACAGGUACUCAUGGUGAGUCACAACAAACCUCCUACCGUGACUAGCCUUACAUUAGUCUCUCCUACAUCUCUCAACAGCAGGAAACGGGAGAGCCUGCGUCACCAUUGGUCUGAAAUUGGUCUGAAAUGCAGUGGCGAUCUGUGGCAACAUGCAGGAACGCUCUGAGGCACAUCUGUGCCAAGAAAGUGUCUAAAUAUGAGUGUGUGCUCUCGGGAAUGACUGUGUGCCAUGGAUGGGUUUGUGCCAGUGAAUACCACAACUUAUGUAGGCAUAGGACUGUGAUUAGUAACAAGGUGCCUGGGCUCAUCGACUACAUGUAUUACUUUUGUAAUGUAGUUGUUAUAAAAUGAAUUGUAGAUUGUGACUAAAGAGUUGCGUUGUUUUGUUUGUGUGUAAAAUGCAUUCACUUCAUAAAAGGAGGUUUAAGGACAGCCAUAUUUAUAAACCGAAAAGGAGAGGAAAAUGUAUGUCAUUCAAACCUCAGUCAUCAGCUAUGCACAUACAGUAGAGGAGACAUUAUGAUGCUGAAAACUGAAGCCCACUUUAGUCUGGAAAUGUACUUUAGAAAUCACAGAAAAAAAGUGGUGGCCACAAGUUUUCUCCCAGUCUUUUUCUGUGUCUCUCCCACCAUCUCUCUCUCAUCAGAACGGUCCCUCCACAGGGCGAUGAUGGGACUGGGCAGGACCUCGUUAGGGAGAGCCAAGUAUAUCAGUGUGGGCGUCGGUGGGGAAGUUUGCAUGUGUGGCCUUGUGGAGGUUAAGACUACACUAGUGGCUGUCCGCUGUGCAGUUCAGGACUUGUGAUACUGCCAGUAGGGUUGACUGGCGCGGUCCAUGUACUAGAAAGCUGGGUUUGGUUUGGCUGGUCUAGCAGUUAAAGCUGCCUAUUUGCUGUCUGUGGAGGCUAAAGACGCAGAGCCAUUGGCAGGAGUUAUAGGAGAAGGUAACUAAGCUUGGCCUAGGCUAGGGGGAAGUGUCAUGCAUUAGAUUGAUAACAGGAGAAGUAUAAGUCGCUCUGGAUAAGAGCGUCUGCUAAAUGACUAAAAUGUCAAAUGAGAAGAACUAGUACUACACUGUUCAAUUACAGCAGUUUACCUAAUUAAAAUGGUCAUUUUUCCCAAGUAGUAAAAUAAUUGUUCUUUUUUAAGAAAUAGUGCAAUUUUCUUCUGGGUGAAGGGUUAGACAGGGUAAGAAUUGGAACAAUCGACUGUCAUGCCUAUCAGGUGACGGUAACCCGGGCAACAACUCUAAGCAGUGGGAGUGCAUUUCUAUCCAGACUCCACCCUCUGGUCUAGCCCUAUGGAUUGGAGAGUGGGAGUGAACUAACCUACAAAAGUUCCCUCCCUAAAUCUAAAUGAAACCACUGUGGAAUGCACACACACUCCCUCUUACACACCCUCACACUCAGUCAUGCCCGUCGAUCAAGUCAAUGCUUCUUCCUGUUUCUUUGCGAGUUCCCUCUCUGUUUUGUCUCGUUUGGCUAAAUUAGGCAUAGUGGGAGCUCCUGGAGAGCGUGUACUGACGGAAGGCUGAGCAGAACAACAUAGCUGCUAGAGAGGAAGGGCUCUUUCUUUGGAAACCUUUACAGGACUUUUUGAGUGGGUGAGUUUUGACGGUGCCCAUGAGAUUAGCCCCCAGGGGGGUUGUUGAGUAGGGGGUAAGGGGGAAGGGAGGAGGUGAGUGUGUGCCUGGGAGGUGGAGAGAGGAGUGUAGGAAACACUGGGGCGCUGAAUUUAAUAUUCCUUCCGCUGGACUGGAGCAACCCAAAACAGACAGAUAGAGACUCUUCCUGAUGGAUCUGAGGGGGAAACCCUACCUAGAAUUCCCAAAGACUGUUAAAGAGUAAACGUCACACACAUCCUGACCAAAGGAAAGGAGAAGGGCCUGGAGGAGCAUGGAAGCACUGAGGGAGUCUUUUCUGCAUCUGACCUUUCAGAUGUCCACGUACAAGAGGGCCACUCUGGACGAGGAUGACCUGGUGGACUCCACCGGAGAUGAGAUCUACCCCUCCUCUGCCAUGCAGGUGACACUGCGACAUGGCCCUGGUCCCAGGUGUUGGGCUGAGAAGACACACACUGAGCGGAGGCUGUUGGUCCUAGUGUGUGCACUGUCUGUUGCCUUGUUCUUCUCUCUCAUCACUGUCGGGAUCUUCUACAAAGAGACUCACCCUGGUGUGUGUCUGACGGAGCCAUGCAUUACUGUGGCCAGUGCUGUGAUGGGAGCCCUGGACCGCUCGGUGGACCCCUGCCAUGACUUCUACAACUUUGCCUGUGGGGGAUGGGUGAGGAACAACCCCCUCCCUGAGGGAAAGUCCCGCUGGGGUCCCUUCAGCAACCUAUGGGAGCGCAACAUGGCUGUCAUGAAGCACCUGCUGGAGAACACUACCAUGAAGGGGCUGAGCAAGGCUGAGGAGAAGGCCCAGAGGUAUUACAAGGCCUGUAUGAAUGAGUCUAAGAUCGAGGAGUUAGGGGCUCAGCCUCUACAGGAGCUCAUCAAUCAGACGGGAGGAUGGGCCCUAACCGGCUCCUGGGACAAAAACAAUUUCCAGGAGGUUCUACGCACAGUGUCGGCCAACUACCGCUGCUCCCCAUUCUUCACUGUGUUUGUCAGUACUGACUCCAAAAGCUCCAACAGCAAUAUUAUCCAGGUGGAUCAAUCCGGGCUGGGGCUCCCCUCACGGGAUUACUACCUUAACAAAACGGCCAAUGCAAAGUAUCUGAAUGCAUACCUAGACUUCCUGGUGGAGUUAGGGGUCCUGUUGGGGGGCUCAGAGGAGACGUCCAGAUCGCUGAUGCAGGAGAUUGUGGACUUUGAGACCACCCUGGCCAACAUCACCGUACCCCAGGAGGAGAGGAGGGACGAGGAGCUCAUCUACCAUAAGAUCCAGGCAAAGGAUCUGGCGACCUUGGCUCCUGCGGUGGACUGGAUGCCCUACCUCACAGAUGUGUUUGCUCCUGUACCCCUCAAUGACUCGGAGCCUGUGGUGGUGUACGCCAAGGACUACCUCCAGAAGGUCUCCGACCUCAUUGCCAGCACUAACAAGAGCGUCCUGAACAACUACAUGAUCAUGAAGGUGCUGAGGAAGAUGGUGUCCAUCCUGGACCAGAAGUUCCAGGAUGCUGAGCAGCGCUUCUUUGAAGUCAUGUACGGAACCAAGAAGAGCUGCGCCCCACGUUGGAAGCUGUGCGUCAGCGACACGGACAGUGCCCUCGGCUUUGCUCUCGGGGCCCUGUUUGUCAAAGCCACCUUCGACGAGGACAGCAAGGCCAUUGCAGAAGAUAUGGUCUCUGAGAUCAAAUGGGCAUUUGAGGACAGCCUGAAGUAUGUGGGCUGGAUGGACCAGGAGACCAAAAAGGCAGCCAAAGAGAAGGCUGAUGCCAUUUACAACAUGGUUGGAUAUCCAAAAUUCAUCAUGGACCCCAAGGAGCUUGACAAAGUGUUCAAUGAUUUUGAGGUGGUGUCUGACCUGUAUUUCCAAAAUGUAAUGCAGUACUACAACUUCUCUGCCAGAGUGACUGCGGACCAGCUGAGGAAAACCCCCAACAGAGACCAGUGGAGCAUGACCCCUCCUACAGUGAAUGCAUACUACAAUCCCACCAAGAAUGAGAUGGUGCUCCCAGCAGGAAUCCUUCAAGCUCCUUUCUACAGCCGCUCUUGGCCAAAGGCCCUGAACUUUGGGGGAAUUGGUGUAGUUAUGGGUCAUGAGUUGACACACGCUUUUGAUGAUCAAGGGGAGACACUUUGAUCACAGGGCGAGCUGACCCCUGCGAAUUCACCAGAAUAUCGACUGCAUAAUCUUUUGGGGACUGUGUCCGCCCUCUCCCCUAAAAAAAAGAACCAAAACAAUAUUAUAGGCUGUUGUAAGCAUCCCACCAAUCGAACGUAACAUGACACAUUAUGAUUUCAAAUAAGGCCUCCAGUUCUACAGCGUAUUUUGCUUUAUGUUAAAGGGAGGGAGUACGACAAGGAUGGGAACCUCCGCUCCUGGUGGAAAAACUCAUCUGUGGAGGCCUUUAAGAAGCAGACCCAGUGUAUGGUGGAGC